AUGCUGAAGGUGGGAAUCCUGCGAAGUACUGGGACAGAACAGAGCAGGAGACAAGACUCACCUCAACGUUCGAGAGAUGGGCAUGCGAAGGCACAGUUUGGUCAGCAGGGGCACAUAGAGUUCAUGAGGAACAGCUCAAACAUGUAUGGAAAGGCUGCCUUGAACAUCAGCAGCAGGACAUACAAACAGAUGGAAGCCGCCUUUGCCACGACUUUGUUCUUCAACGAAACAUUUGUGUUGCCUUUUCAAGGGAUCGUGAAGCAAUUCAACUACCUCCGGCUUGAAGAAAAGGCCACCAGCACAUGUUGCCUGCCAGAGCUCAUUGAAACCCUGUCCAAGGAACAUUUUGGGCUUGUUGAAUCAAGUUUUGUGUCUACAUUUGGUGGGCUACUGGAUGUCAAGGCUGAAGAGUCACCAGUGGAGCUCGAUAUGACCAGCCCAAAGUUGCUUGAGGCACUCAGUGGUGAAGGCAAUGCACUUGACCUUGCCCUGCAGUCUGCGAGGUUCAAUAUACUUGAGGAACUUGACAUUGACCCACAGCUUUUUUCCCAACCUCAGGUGCCCUUUGAUGCACAGCCGCUGUCACUGUCCUGCCCUCCUGCAACUACCGCAAUCCCCACAGCCACAGUGGCAGAAGUUGCUGACACUAGCAAGGCCCAGUCUCAUUUGGCCGUCAUCACAGCAAACGCUCAGCUACAACCGACAAUGAAGUGCAAGGCAGAUGACAUCAUCGUCAUCUCAGAAAAUGAGUCUGAAGAUGCUGGCCAACCCAGGGCAGCAGCAUGCAAGCCACCCCGCAAAAUCAUGUGGCAUAUGACCACCACUACUGGUGGUGAUACUCCAGAAGUCACUACAUCACUGUCAACUCAGGGGAUUUCUCCAGUCACACUGGACCACUACCUCAAACCAAGAAGCCAGCUGCCAUACUGCAAAGUUCUCUCACGACAACCAUCAGAUGCCAGCGCCAGCACUCAGUGUCAACUUCCUGCAGUCAUACCCAGCUCCACUCCCCCAAACCCAGUUGCAGUGAUCAGUCCUGCUGGUACUACCGCUCUCGCACCCAUUCUGAGGCCCCCAGGGAUGACCCGUUCUCAACACUUCUUCACCAUUGCAACAAGAAUUGAUGCCCGCGCCAUGCAAAUCUCUGGCAAUACCGAGUUCCACUUGUUCAUGGACAUGUGA